AUGAAACAAACAGAAUGGUUCCUGCGAAGAUAUCCGAAUCAAUACAAAGCGGAAAAUAUGAGGACACCAAUCUUAACUUUCUGCUGUGGUGUGGGUAUUCUAUCAGUAGUUUUGGUUCUAUACAACCGAUAUUGUCUGGAUGCAAGGAAAUUACCAGAAGGUGAAGCGGUGGAUUGGCGAUUAAUGUAUUGUUUGAAGAAAUAUGUCCCAGCAUUUCGAAACUUUGGUAUACCAUACCGAGAAUAUAAGCCAGAUGAUUUUUGA